UCCCCCUAUUCUAAACUAGCGGAGUGAAGAGGAAAAGGGAAAGAGAAUUUCGAAUUUUCGAUUUUGGCAAAGCAAAUGACAACUCAUUUUGACAUUUCUGUGUGAAUUGAGGAAAUUCAAAAGUUUAAACUAUUUGUUGAAUUUAAUAGUUUUUAAAGAAAACAUUAAAAUAAUGCAUAGUAUUGCCUUUCGGAUGGUAGUUGAGGAGACAUAUGCCGAAUCGGAGCUUCAGGAAACUCAGCAGAGGUGUAUAAGAAGGAGGCUGCGCGAUAGUACGAAUCCACUUGAUUUGCCGCAAUCACUGUUUCAGAAGUAUUAUAGGGUAAAUAAGCCCGCUUUUCGAUAUUUGUUGGAACUCCUAACCUCGCAUACUCAGCAAGCUAAAAAACAGUUUGCAGUUUCGCCUGUUAUAAAACUGAGCGCAUGUUUGCGUUUCUUUGUUGAAGGAGGAUAUCGAACGGGAAUUGGAAAGGACUUCGACGUUUCUCUAGCCCAGUCCGUCUUCAGUAAAGUUCUGGAAGAAGUGACAGAUAUUUUUGAAACGUUGUUGUGCUCAAGGUGGAUAAAUGCGUCAAUGAGCAGCGAUGAAAGAAGACGAAUUUCACGUACAUUAUACGAAAAACAUGGUAUUCCCAGUAUUGUAGGGUGUCUUGAUGGAACACAUAUUCGUAUCAUCGCACCCUCUGUAAAUAAGCACCUAUACUACAAUAGGAACGGAUACUAUAACCUAAAUGUGAUGCUGGUAAGCUGUUAUUUAAAAGCCUUACUUGUAUAACAACUAAACUGAAAAUUUUUAUGUAUAUACAUAUGUAUGUUAACGAAUGCGUGUCAUUAUAUAUUGGUAAACCACGACCACGAGCUUAGAAUUCGGUAUGUUGAUGCCUCCCAUCCUGCUGCUUCUCAUGACUCCUUUAUUUGGAAUGGCAGUUUGUUGAGAACUCACCUUGAAACACAGUAUUUGCGAGGUGAAGGAAAUUUUUGGUUGCUAGGUAAAAUUAAAAUUAGUGAAAUGUGAAUAUAUGCUUUAAUACGACACAUUUUUUAUAAUUGGGAGACGCUGGAUACCCCUUGGAACCAUGGCUCCUGACACCAUAUCGAAGCCCAGAAGAAGGCUCCAACCAGCUAAAAUUUAAUGAAGCCCAUUCGAAAUGUCGUAACUUGAUUGAACGAGUUAAUGGAGUGCUGAAGAAUCGGUAGAGGUGUCUCUUUGGGGCAUGAGAACUGCAUCACACUCCCAGAAAAGCAGUUAAAAUAGUGAAUGUUUGUUGUGCGUUACACAAUAUAUGCAUACAUUUUAAGGCAUACACAGAUAUAAGCGAAGUAAACCCAGCGGAGGAACAGAUAAUCCAAAUUAGUGAAAAUACAGAUGUUACCUGUUUAACCUCGCCCCAGUAUUUGGCUGCAGCACAAAAUAUAAGAAACCGAAUUGCAAACUCUUUAGAUUUUAAGAUAAAAAAGCAAACCAACUUUAAUUUAAAACAAUGAAUUAAUAAU